AUGAGAGAGGGGGGGCAAGGAGGGCGCGGCGGCGGCGGCAGGGGGGUGCGCAGACGGCGCCCCGGGGAAGGGAGGGGGAGGGGCGCGAGGAGAGGGACCAAUAAAGGGAGGGCCGCGUUCGCCCGCUCCCGAGACUUCGUGAUGAAGAUCAGGGGCAUGUCGCGGUGGAACUGGCGAGGGGUGAUGCGGGAGCUGGAGGAGGCGGAAACUGUAGAGGCUAAGUUUGGGGAGGGUCCCAGAUCACGGCCUUCAGGAGCGUUUUUCGUUUUUGGCUCCAGUGAGACUGACGUCUUUUCUUUGGUCAGCGGGCUAGCACGGGCGAUGCUAGUUCAAACGCACACACGAACACACACUUGCGACAUGACUCUUCAGGCGGAGAAGGGAAUGACGGGCGGCAGCGACGGCAGAGUCAGCAGCCACGCGUACAACAGCUGCCUCAUGCACCUGGCGAAGUGCUCCCGGUGGCGCGAAGCUCUGGCCGUCUUCGAGAGGAUGUGGGCCCGCGGCGUCACUCCGAACUCCUUUUGCCUAAACGCCACCCUGGAAGCCUGCACGGCCGCGGGGGAGUGGAAGCAGUGCCUUGGUCUCCUCGAGCGAGCCAAAGGCGCAGGGCUGGAGGUGAACGAGAUCAGCUACAACAUCUGCAUCGCCGCGUGCGGUUCCGGCAAGCAGUGGCAGAAGGCCCUCGGCCUGCUGCGAGAGCUAGAGGCGGCGGGGAGAGCGGGAGCGGUGGUGCCCGGCGGGAGGGUGCCGCUACGGCCGACGGUCGGCACGUACGGGGCCACGAUGCGCGCCCUCGGGAUGUCGGGGAAGUGGCGGGAGAGCAUGGAGGUGUUUCGGGAGCUGCAGGGCCUGGCGGGUCAGGCCCCCGGCGAGGAGAGAGAAGGUGGGAGCGUUAUCGCCGCCCCCGACGUCGUGACCUACACCACCCUCGUGGCCGCGUUGGGCGAGAACGGCCGCACGUCGGAGGCGAGGCAGGUCUGGCGGGAGAUGGAGGAGGCGGGCGUGGAGCCGAACGCCAUCACCUACCACGCCAUGAUCGCCGCGUACGGGAACGCGGCCGCCGCGAAAGCGGCGUCCUCUAGCGCCGCUGCUCGCGCCGCCGCUGCUAGUAGCGCCGUCGCUGCUCAUAGCACCGCUGUUGCUAUUGCCUCUGCUAGCAGCGCCUCCGCCGCCAGCGCUUCUACGUCUGCUAGCGCCACCGGGAGGCAGCGGCCGCUGGCGGCGGCUGCCGCGCCUAGCCCGCGGACGGCAGACUGGGUCGAGGCCCUAGCUCUCUUCGACCAGAUGCCCCGAAAGGGCAUCCGGCACACGCCCACCAGCUACAGCACCGCCAUAACCGUGGCCGGCCAGUGCGGGCUCUGGGAAGAAGCGGUAGCUCUGCUUGACCGCAUCAGGCGAGAUCGGAGGGACGACGACGACGAGCGCGGUGCGCAGGGAGCAGCGGCGGCAGCGGCGGUGGGGCCGAGCGGCCAGCGCGUGGCCGCUAACAACUACGUCUACGCGGCCACGAUUACCGCGUGCGGGAACAACGGGCAGUGGGAGCAGGCCUUGAGGUUGCUGCGGGAGAUGUCCGAGGCGGGGGUCGAGGCCGACGCGCUAACCUACAGCGCCGCCAUCUCCGUGCUCGCGAGGGAGGCCCGGCUCCCGGAGGCGUUCCGGCUGAUCAGAGAGAUGUCGGAGCGCGGCCUGGCGACGGUGAGUGGAUCGGCAUACGACAGCAUCGUCGGGGUGUACGGGAAGACCCCCGAGGCGGCCGCGGAGCUCGUGGCCCUUGUGAGGGGCAUGGACGUGCCCGACUUCUUCGCGUACAGCGCCGCGAUCGCCGUGUGCGCGGCCGUCGCGGGGGUUGUGCCGGCCACUCCCUCAGCGGCGGCGACGGCUCAAGCUUUGAAAGACAGCAACGCGACAAGCGUCGAUAGCAACGAGGCGCCAAGCUCGCUGUCGGCGACGGCGGCGGCGGACCACCCUUCGACAAACAGCGCAAGAGCUAUCGUCCCAAACGAUGGCAUCGAUGCGCCGCGCUUGCUCCAGGAGAUGUCGGCGGCGGGUCUCCGACCGGACGAGGCGUGCUUCACCAACGCUCUGUCGGCGUGCCGGGAUCGCAGGCAGGGGAAGCAGGCCCUCGCCAUCCUCAGAGAUAUGGAGGCAGCCGGCGUGACUCCCGACGGGGUCGUGUAUACCCUGGUUAUGGCGGCGUGCGGGGGCGCCGGGAGAUGGCGAGACGCAGUUUCCCUCGUGCGGGAGAUGACGGAGAAAGGGGUGCGGCCCAACUUGAUCAACUACUCGGUGGCCAUCUCCGCCUGCGCGAAGGCCGGCCGUCACGAGCCGGCGCUGGAGCUCAUGGCGGAGAUGAAGGACGCCGGGAUCAACCCCAACACCGUCACCUACUCCUCCGCCAUACUAGCGUGCUCGGCAUCUGGCCAAUGCGGUGAUGCGGUCGGUCUGCUUAGAGAUAUGUCGAAGAGGGGAAUGUCCCCCUCUCGGACAUGCUACGCCCCUGCGAUAACGACAUGCGCGCGGGGUAACGAGCCGGAUAUGGCGCUCUCGCUUCUGAGGGAGAUGCCCACGGUGGGGUUAGUCCCAGACGCGGUGUGUUACGCCGCGGCACUGUCAGCGCUGCGAAACGACUGCGACAAUUCUGCGGCGGUGUUGAGGGAGAUGAGGGACGGGGGUCUCGCGCCCGCGCCUGGCCUGUACGUCGAGGCGGUUAGGGCUUGCAGAAGAGUGAACAAGGAGGAACAGGUUGAUGCGCUUGCGGAGGAGCUAGCAUCGCUGGUCGGUCGAGACCGAGCUUCGACUCUCCUUUUACCGGGUGUGUAUGUGCAUGUGUAUGUGUAUAUUGAUAUGUUGGGUCGACCGAUCACCUGCGGCGACAAGGCGAUGCUGCACCCUGGGACAUCCAAUGGUCAUCGUCACCACACUGCCAUGAAGGAAGAGGCGUUUUCAAUGCAAGGGUGAUCGUUCCCUCGUGCUAGGGACAAGUGUAACCGUCAUCCUCCGCCUGCCAUACAUGUAGGGUUUGUAGGGCGGGGGAUUAUGCACUAUUAGUGCCCUUCAGAGUUCGGGCAAUAAAACUUGAAUGACUAUAAUAGAUGAGGGAGCGAGCAUGAAUGAAAAUCGAGUCGUAGAUGAGCGACGAUCGUCCAUGAACCGUUUUCAUACGAAGUGUUGCGGUGAGGCCGAAGCCGGGGGGGCGUUUGUUUGCGCAACCGGGGGUUGUUCACUGUAGCUUACACGCCGUGAUUCUUUCCUUUUUUUUGUCCAUGUUUUCACGUAGACGUGGAUGUUGAGCUCAGUUACGUCGUCAUUUUUUUCCAUGUUGUCGAUGCCGUGAAAGCGCCAAGAGCUGAGAGGGCAUACAUCAUGAAACCACGGGGGGUGGUUGAGUGUUGUCCCCGGCUUGGCGUUCGUUUGACACACGAUCAAACGAGAUGUGAAGAAACACCACAUCACCCCUCGAUCGGUCGGUUGUCUACUGCUUUGGGGGCGGGGCCGGGGCUGGAGAAAGAGCCGUUGUUGGCGAAGUUCCGCCUGCGAUGGGUGUGUGGAUUUCCG